AGAUAAGUAGUGUAGGCUGCCUUAGAGAGAGGAAUGGAGAGAAGGGCAGCAGCAGGGAGCUGCAGGGCUGCUCUGGCACAUUGUGCACGGUAAUACCUGAGCUCAUUCAGCAGGAAUUGGGGGUACUUCUGGCUGCUCACCCUCUCUUUGUUGCAUGUGGACCUGAUGAAGUGAAUUGCUCUGGGUGAGAGCUGCCUUUCCUCCAAGCUGAAGGCGAGAGGCGGCAGCAACAGACCGCAAGGAGCCAUGAGAGAAUACAAAGUAGUUGUCCUGGGAUCCGGCGGGGUGGGCAAGUCUGCCCUCACUGUCCAGUUUGUGACUGGAUCCUUCAUAGAGAAGUAUGACCCCACCAUUGAGGACUUCUACAGAAAGGAGAUCGAGGUGGACUCCUCGCCCUCGGUGCUGGAGAUCCUGGACACUGCAGGCACCGAGCAGUUUGCCUCCAUGAGAGACCUGUACAUUAAGAACGGCCAGGGCUUUAUCCUGGUGUACAGCCUGGUGAAUCAGCAGAGCUUCCAGGACAUCAAGCCCAUGAGGGACCAGAUCAUUAGGGUGAAAAGGUAUGAGAAGGUGCCUAUGAUCCUGGUGGGGAAUAAGGUGGACCUGGAGGGGGAGAGGGAAGUGUCCCAUGGGGAAGGCAAAGCACUGGCCGAUGACUGGAACUGUCCCUUCCUGGAAACUUCUGCCAAAAACAAAGCCUCAGUGGAUGAACUGUUUGCAGAGAUUGUCAGGCAGAUGAACUACGCCUCCCAGCCCAAUGGGGAUGAUCAGUGCUGCUCCUCCUGUGUCAUCCUCUGAGGGGCGCCCUCCCCGGUUUACAAUGCACUAUCUCUUACCUGUAACAUGAUUGGAACCAACUUUGCAUCCAGUGAUUCCAGCUCCAGUGGGUGUAUCGUGCUCUGAGAUGUCAUCUGUAACACAAAGUAUCUUUCAGUAUAUACAGUCUUGCAAAUUCCAUGUGCAUCAGAGGGAGGAAAAGUUUGCUGACUGUAGGAAGAAGCAGUAAUGUGUGGGUAUAACAACACUACCCCAUGCCAUGACUGCACAGUUGGGUGCAUGGUGAAGGAAGCAGUAAUGUGGGGGUAUAACAAAACUACCCCAUGCCCUGACUGCACAAUUUGGGUGCAUGGAGAAUGAAGCAGUGAUGUGACAACAACUACCCCAUGCCGUGGCUGAUACCCCAUGCCCUGACUGCACAAUUUGGGUGCAUGGAGAAUGAAGCAGUGAUGUGGGGGUGUAUGACAGCUACUGCCCCAUGCCCUGACUGAUUUAGUGCAUAGCUUGGGAGUAUGGAGAAUGACCCAGGCAGAUUGGAGUCAUCCUCAGACUGGUCGCCUGCUGACUUUUCAUUUCACGUAUUUCUAUGCAAAGUCGGAUUAUUGUUACAGAGUAACCAUUCAUAAGUAUUGCACAUCUAAUAAUGAGAGAAACGAUGCCAACGCAGUGUGGGGGGCAGUGUUUUGCCCCAUGCUGAGGUGUGUGUGUCAUAGGGGAAGUCUAUUUUGUUUACCUGCUGUAUAAAAUGGGAAUUUGGGAAGUGUUAGUAUUUUUUGUAUCAGCUGUGAAAACGUUACAUGUGUUUUUUUAUUUUUUCCUUUUCUCUUUUAUGUCAUGUGUGCUGGCAAUAACUGAUUUUUGAUGCUCAGCUAUAUUUAAUAUACAAUGAAAUGACUUGUGUGUACCAGGGUCACCAGCACCCAGUGUCCUUAGAGUGCCUUCAAAAUUCAGCUGUUCCAGUCAGUGCCAACCUGUGAAAACCUCCACAAAAUCCCAUUAUCUCCUAUUCUGCAAACUACUUAACAGUUUCCUCUCAGUAAUCACACUGAACAAGCGUGGACAAAGGGAUCUAUUGUCCCUGGAUCCUAUUUUUUGAGCCUGUAAAUGUAAUUUCCAUGUCUUGCACAUUUUUUUUUUUUUUGGAGGGUGGGGGGGGGGAUGGUAGUUGAUUAACCCUUAUUUGUGUACACAAUAGUCUGGCACAGAAAGGGUUUAAUCCUAUUUCAUUACAUUUUAUCGAUUUGUGUUUGUUUUGUUUUACAUUUGCAAGCAGUGGUUUUAUCAUUGCAAAGCAGCCAUAGAUCUUAAAAAGAAAAUGUGAUGUUCCUCAAGACAUUAACAAAUGUAAUUUUAUUUUCUUGGACAUGCUAGAACAAGCUUGUCUCCUAUGUUUUAAAAUACAUUGAAUACAAAUCUGUUGUGACCUAUAA